UGCUCCAGGAGGCCUGGGUCAGAGGACUGCUGCCUGCCCCUCUCUGCUCAUUCCAUAUAGCCUGUGCCUCCCAGCCAUGAGGACCCUCACUCUGCUUGCUGCCAUUCUCCUGGUGGCCCUGCAGGCCCAGGCUGAGCACAUUUCAGUGAGCAUCGAUGAAGUCGUAGACCAGCAGCCCCCACAGGCAGAGGAUCAGGACGUGGCCAUCUACGUUAAAGAGGAUGAGAGCUCCGCUCUUGAAGCUUUAGGUGUAAAAGCAGGUGUGGUCUGUGUGUGCAGACGAGCCCUCUGUGUACCUCGGGAACGUCGCGCUGGGUACUGCAGAAUCCGUGGAGUCCGCCACCCACUCUGCUGCCGCCGCUAA